AUGGUGGAGGUGGCGAGAUGGGAGCAUCGUACAAGGAGACUGUCCCGGCUUUUUGGUAGCCCCUACCUGGCCUGUUACUGCCUGGGCUUCAUCAUCAUUCUGCUCAACGUGUACCGCAGCCACAGUAUGACCGUGGCGAUGAAAGCCCAGGGCAGGUGGGAGGUGAUGGAUAGGACAGAUGUCUUCUACGCUGGCGUAGCUCUCAUGGUGCUGGGCACUGUGCUGGUAGUCAGCAGCUUCCUGUCUCUGGGAUUCAUUGGAACCUUCCUAGGUGAUUACUUUGGCAUCUUGAUGGAUGAGAAGGUGACAGGGUUUCCCUUCAACAUCACGGAGAACCCGAUGUACUGGGGCAGCACUGCCAACUACCUCGGCCUAGCGCUCAUUGGUGCCAGUCCUGUUGGUCUCGUCCUGACUGCCAUAGUAGCUGUGGCUUAUAAGGUGGCAAUAAGAUUUGAGGGGUAAGUAUUAUGCACCCCGACACAGUGAAAUCUAUCACUCAUCAGCAGUUUGAAACAGCAGGGGACCAAAAUUCCCUGUUGAAUUCCUAUAUAAACUCUUGUAACGCUAUGCGUCUAUCUCCCCACAAACUAGUGCUCCUCAUGGGUACUCUAGAUUCCUUGUAAGCAAGACUCAACUCAGGA